GGCGAUGGCUCAAAUCGCGCAUGUAAAGGACGCUCAUCGCAGGUUGGCGACGGUGGACGCACAUUCUCCUGGCACUACCAGGAGCCAAAGCGCCUUGGUCCGAAACCGGUUCUGGGCGACCACCCACGGGCGACCGUUCUCACAAACUCCAGAAUGACAUUCUCGUGUGGUGCAGCCACUUUACAUAAAGAUAAGCGGGAUUUUUUCGUACAGUUCGUGCCAGGAACACGCGUCUACAGUCCACCAGAAUGGAUUGAAGAGUCGCGUUAUGAUGGCCUCGAAGCAGCGGUUUGGUCCCUCGGCAUACUUCUCUUUGAUAUGGUAUGUGGUGACAUCCCAUUCCGCAAAGAUUCAGAGAUUUGCAAUGGGCACCUACAAUGGCGAAAUCAAGUUUCGGAAGAGUGCAAGGAUCUAAUACGACAAUGCCUUGCACGUGAAGGCAACGAAAGACCAACAUUGGAGGAGAUUUUGGGACAUCCAUGGAUGCAAGUCCCAGAAGGAGUAAACGGAGCCGCAAAGAACGAGCUGAAUGCGGGUCGACAUAAGCUCGCUAGCGUCCCGGACCGUCUAGUUACAGAAGCACAACCGCAUCCGCAUCCACGAGUUCCACUAACAGCCACACGCUCCGAUCAGUUCUUGCUGACUCCAUCAACCAGCAGCAGUUUGAAUGCAGCUGCAUCUUCAUCAACAAAUACAGCAGCGAUUUUCGAAGGAGCUACACUUGAACGAGUUCCACACCCU